AUGGCCGAAGCGCAUGUUGGUCCUGUUCGCAAGGCCCAUCGCCUGCCGCUCGACAAACUCGCAGCAUACAUGGCAAGCGAGGAGGCGCUGGUCAGCGAGGGCUACACAGGCACGCCACUCGACGUGGCCCAGUUUGCAGGUGGGCAGAGCAACCCGACGUACCUCAUCCGCAACCCGACAGGCAAGGCCGGAUACAGCUGGGUCCUCCGCAAGAAGCCACCGGGCAAGCUGCUGCCUUCGGCCCACGCCGUGGAACGGGAGUACGCCAUCAUCGCCGCCCUCGCCCCGACAGCUGUCCCGGUCCCGCGCCCGCUGCUCCUCUGCACCGAUCCGGACGUCAUCGGCACCCCUUUCUACCUCAUGGAUGCCGUCGACGGGCGCAUCUUCCGCGACCCUAAGCUGCCAAGCCUGAGCCGGGCCGAUCGCAGUGCUGUCUUUGCCGACAUGGCCACCACCCUUGCUGCGCUGCACUCGCUCGAUCCCGACGCCGUCGGCCUCGGCAGCUACCGACGCGGCUCGGGCGGCUACAUCUCCCGCCAGCUCAAGCGGUGGUGGGGCAACUACUCGCUGGCGGUGGUGGAGGAGACGAACACAGAGCCGAUGACCCGCCUCCACACCUGGCUCCGCGCCUCGGCACCGGUCGCCGAGCGCUCAGCCAUUGUCCACGGUGACUACAAGCUCGACAACAUGGUCUUUCACGCUACCGAGCCGCGAGUCAUUGCCCUACUCGAUUUUGAGCUGUGGACCAUCGGCGAUCCGUACUCGGACCUUGCUUACUGUCUCCUACCGUACAUCAUCGGCGCCGGCGCGCCGUCGCUGCCGGGCCUCGGCGGCGUCGACCUUGCCAAACUCGGCAUUCCCUCGCUCGCCGAGUUUGUCGCCACCUACGCUGCCGCCGCUUCGUUUGAUGUCGACAUCGACCUCCCGUUCUACAUCGCCUUUUCGCUCUUUCGCCUCGCCGCCAUUGCCCAGGGCGUAUACAAGCGAUCGCUGACCGGAAACGCGUCGUCGGCCUCGGCCUCGUCAUUUGCCGGCGUCUCGGCCCUCCUCGCCGGACUCGCCCUCGCCGUCGCCGACGGCGCCAUCCCAGCCGUCACCAACGCCAUCGGAGCACCUUCCAACCCGCGCUCACGCUUGUAG